AUGAGUGUCAAUAACAUUAUAACGAAUACACCAAAUGAGUAUAUACUCAGUCAGCAGAACCAAGCGCUGUUUCAAGAGAAUUAUCAGCGCAGCCAAAAUGAACAACAACUAUACAAUCAAUGGCAAUAUGCUACCAAUGGAUGGCAAAUUGCAAACAAUGAAAUCAUCCGAUUGAAUGCUUUCACAUCGGAUUUACAAAAACAAAUAGAUGAACUGAAGGCAAAUCUAUUAAAAGGGAGACCAGGUACUCCCUUUUUGAUUGCUACAAGAUCAGCAACCCCUGCUUCAUCAAGACCAAGUACACCAACCCAUGUUAAUGGCGAAAAUAUUGAGUAUCAUACAGAUGAGGAUGAGCUGGCUAAAGAAACUGAGUGGAUAAGGGUUAAGCAUAAAACCAAAAAAAGGAAAAUGAAUACAACACCCUCUCCAGCCACUCCCAAAAAUAAAAAUAAAAACAAAAACAGCCAAACUAAUACCAAAGAAAAUAAAAAAGAACCGAUGCCACCACCUAUUAUACUGGAGGAUAUCACAUCAUAUGAAGUUCUCUACAAUCAAUUAAUAUCCACAAUAAAUGCAGAUGCAUUUCAAACAAAAAUUAUUAAUGAUACAACUCCAUCUGCGCUUUCAUUGCGCACAAUGAUUGAUACAGUGUCGGCUGUUUACGACUCGUUGCUGUCGUUAGGUGACGAGAAAAACAUCACAAACGCUAUCAUAAUUCAUCUCGUAAUGUCAAAAGUUGACACCGUUACUCGGUCAAAGUGGGAGGAACAGUUGGAUUAUGAUAAGCUGCCAUUAUGGCAUGAGUGUGAGGCAGCAUUAAGUAAACGCUACCAACAUUUAUCUGCCGAUGAAGCCUCAACGUCGAGGCUAAAGCCGUCAAACAGUCACAGCAUUCAGAAACCACACCUUCAUGCGGGGAGGGCAAAAGCUGCCCUAGUGACUUCGAAUAUAAAACAGCCGGUGUGUCCGCACUGUAAAUCAAAUGAUCAUAGUAUACCCGCGUGUCCUACUUUUAAAACUCUCUCUGCUCAGCAGCGAUUUGAGUUUGCUAAAUCAGUCCCCUUAUGCAUAAAUUGUUUGCGAAAGGGGCACUCAGUUUCAAAGUGCAAAGCGGAUCGGUGUCGUGUUUGCAACCGUUCGCAUCACACGUUGCUGCACCAGUACCCUGUAUCCUUUGCAACUGCACCACAACUUUCGACCUCGCAUGCCAUGCACACGACGAGUACGCCAGAUCGGGUUAUGUUGGCUACAGCCGUAGUCAACGUAAAACGUAGCUCCGGAGAGUACCUUGCUGCACGAGCCUUGCUGGAUUCUGGAUCUCAGGUGAAUUUCAUGACAGAGGAUUUGGCGCAGAAAUUACGAAUUUGUCGCGAAAGUACGACUUUAAAUAUUAUCGGCAUCGGAAAUGCAACCAAAAAAGUAAGGACAAAAUUAAAUACGUUUGUAAAAUCGCGGGUCAAUAAUUAUGAGUUUUCGGCACAGUUUUGGAUAAUGCGAUCCAUUUCAGUCAGCCAUCCAGAUCGUAACGUAAAUAUUAAUGGCUGGAAAAUUCCUAAAAACAUUAGCUUAGCGGACCCAGAAUUUUAUAAGGCUCAAAAGGUAGAUCUUUUGUUAGGUGCUGAAACAUUUUUCGAGCUUUUAGCUGUAGGCCAGAUCAAGGCCAGCCCCAAUCACCCAACAUUGCAAAAGACACUUUUAGGCUGGGUUGUGUCUGGCAAAUACGCCUCCAACCAACGUCCUCCUCCCACAGUCAGUAGCACAUUAUGCCAUACUGAACAAGAUCUAGCAAAUAUAGAUUCCAUUGUCCAAAGAUUCAUUGGACGCCGAGGAAUGCCGCGGAAAAUAUACAGCGACAACGCCACCAACUUCGUCGGCGCCGAUCGCAAGCUUCGCGAGUUGAGGGAUGCUUUCGAGGCCCAACAAACGGAAGUACAGAAAUACGCAACGGACGAAGGAUUCACCUUCGCCUUUAUACCACCCAGGGCACCGCACUUCGGCGGGUUAUGGGAGGCGGCAGUGAAGUCCGCCAAACACCUUCUCGUGCGCGCAAUCGGCAACGCGCUGCUCACCGCCGAAGAACUGCAGACGCUGCUCGUCGAGGUCGAGGCCGUACUCAACUCGCGACCCCUGGUACCACUGAGUCAGGACCCGAACGAUGGAGAGGCCCUAACACCAGCGCACCUACUAGUUGGGUGCCCCCUUCGAGCGCUGUCACCAGCCCAAGUAUCGAUGGGCCCAAGGCGUUGCUGCGACAGAUGGCAACUUGUCUGUUGUCUCAAGCAACAGUUUUGGCGACUGUGGUCCAGGAACUACCUGUUGGGUCUUCAACAGAGGAGCAAGUGGUUGCAUCCGAAACGCAACCUCGAGCUGAACGACCUCGUCCUGGUUCAGGAGGACAACGCACCACCGCAGCAAUGGGUGCUCGGCCGCGUCGCCGCCAUCGUAACAGGGCAAGACGGCAAGGUCCGCGUAGCAGACGUGGCAACCAAAGCGGGCGUAAUUAAACCCCCCGUUCACAAGCUCGCCGUACUGCCAUCAGACAUUGAAGGACCAUGA